AUGCCUAUAGGCUGGACUGAAGAACGGUACAAAGACAAAUUGCGUGCAUUCUUCUUGGAUAUAGAAUGGAUUUCACCCAAAGACAACGAAAGCAAGCUCAUCAUGAUACCCAUUAUCCAAAUGCUGGCUGAAUAUUUCCAAAACUCGACUAAACAGAAGCAACAUUUAGAUAGAGAAAGAACCUCGGUAUUCGUUUCUGCGCAAAUAGCAAACGAGGAUGAUACGACUGAAUUCAGCUACACGUUUUUCAAGAUGCAAGGCGCCAAAGAAUUGAUUGCCGUGUCCAAAACUCUUGCUUCUAGCGAUUUCUUCCUUGUACCUUCUAUCACUAGCAGCAAGUCCAUCUAUCUCGCCAAUCUGGAUACUGCAAUGUACAAUGCCGUCAAGAGAAUUCUUGCUCGUGUCCGAGGCAAAGAUCUAACAUGUGUAUCUGAUGAAAAUACAGCUAAAGAGGAUGACCCAGCAUGGACCAUUGCGUGUCACUUGCCGCUUAUCUACGAAAAUAAGUUUGGGUUGAUGUCCAGCGGGCGUAUGGAGAUAGCUUUAGAGGACGUGAUUUUUGAAAAACGCCAUCAGCUGAAAGAUUUGAAAAGCUGGACUUGUGGUCAACUCAUAGCAGCAGUUUUUGAGGAUGCAGAUGUCAAGCAUUACUUUAAACAAGUGAGCAGUUUCUUCAAAGAGGCUCUGGAUGAAUUUGGUGCUAUUAAAAACUCUCCUGAUGGAAUUCAGCAUAUUCUUUUUUACAGCCGUUAUUGUAAUUCGGAUGGCGAUGUUUCAACAGGGCAGGAUUACAGUGAUUACAUCAAGCAAGCAUUGAUCGACGAAAGUAUCAUUCAACCUGGAAAAGACUUUGAUGGAAUCAAUCUAUAUUCUAAUGCUCAAUUCGCUAUGCAGCAGCCGUACAAGAUGAUUCAGAUUGCCAACGCUGUACUGCCGCCAGUUAUUGUAAAUGAUAAUAAGCAGCAAAACGACUCUUUAAUUCAGACAUGUAAACACGCCGAUAAUUUGAUUGCGCCAAACUCAUUCUAUGUACAAGCCAAUGUCACUGAAGCUCAAAUCAGUUUUAUAUUGAACAAGGUCGUCGAACUCCCAUCGUCCGAAACUGGUAUAGGAUUGUUCACUAUUCAAGAGAGAUCAGUAAAAAUGCAAGACAUAGCAGAGACAGCAUUGCAUAUCCUAUGGGAUCAUUGCCAAUCUAUGGCCAAUUUAGAAGAACAGCAGCAUACAUUGUUUAAGCGUUGCCAGGACCAUGAUACGAUGGCAUUCUCGUCAAGCCAUUAUAAGGAAUUCAAGAAAAAUGCAAGAAAACUAAUCGACUUGUGGUUUGCAACUGAGGAUACAUUCUCUGGAGAUGGAUCAUUAGACGCGUAUCAUCUGGUUUCGGUGGAUCAGCAAUGUACCUGUGCUUUGCAUCUAUCCCAGCGAUUGCUUUUGGAAGUGGGACUGAAGCCUGCCAUUGUCAGCAUCGCAACUACCAUCACGAGCGCUCUAUUUUCGAAUGAUUUCUUUGGACUCUAUCAACUAUCUGCCUUGAUUUUUAGAAAAAAUCUGGAAGCCAUCAAGAAUCUCUACUUUUCUUAUGCUAUUGACCAGAUAUUGAAGCAAGCUCUGAAAGGAUUUUUGCAAAUACACCACAACCGACUGUUGCUGUUAUUUUAUGACAAGCAUUCAAACGACAAUACAUCGCAAUACCUUGGCCGAGGUCAUUAUUCGCAGAUACCGAGCAUGGCUUAUACCUUCAGAGUUGAGUUGCGGCCCAUAAAGACUCAGACUAUUACUGUUGGGCUUCUGGAAGAUGGUGUAUGCAAGAGGGUCCCGCUUACACCUGUUGAGCAUGAUAGGGGUAGGGAACCGUUAUUUAUGUUCACGCAUCCUGGCUUGACCAAAGAGGAAGACAUACCUUUAGAAGGGAUAUGUUUCACUUUUCAUAUACAAGGUUGCAGCUCCUUGAGCAUAGAGACCUAUGUGUCAGGUCAUCCUGAGAGAAGCACACAUCAACACCUAGUAGGAAGAAUGCCGCAUCACUUUUCUACUGAACAGAAAUUGUGCUCUCCUGUUACCUUUAAGAUUUUACCCGAACAUUACUCAUCAAUUAUCAAGUGUGUUGCAUCUUUCUCAUUGGCGUCGUCUCCUGAAUACAGCGAAUUCAUCCAAUCUGAUAUGUCUAGACAAAGUAAUGGAGAGCAUAAUGUGUUUGAGGUAAAGAGAUCAAUCAACGUCGUUGAAAGGUUGUUUCUGAAGAAACAACUAUACGAAUAA